AUGUUUGCAUCAUAUUAUAUGGUAGUGAUUGCUUUGCCGUUGUAUAUCGCGCAAAUAACGGUGUCAAAUGAUGGCAGUCUGCCAAUACAAGCAGGUAUAAGAAAUGGCAAGGAAAUAACGACCGUGACUAAUGGCAGUAAGACAAAAGAGAAAUGGUCCAAGUGUGUGGUGUGCGAUAAGCAAUUCGGAUAUACAGGCAAUAUGAUACGCCAUAUGAGAAUACAUACCGGUGAAAAAAAUUUCAUAUCGACACAAAUUAACGCACCAAAAAUUAACGCACCGAUUCGAAUGUAUGCAAUGCGAGCAUCACCAUCUGAAACGCCAUAUGAAGACACAUAUGAACGAAAGGACACUGAAAUGCAAUGGAUGCGACAAAGUAUGCAAAUACCGUUCAAAUCUGCAGCGACACAAAUUGACGCACGACAACGUGCGAUUUGA